UUUGCCUAAAGAAGUAAAGCGACGGAUUAAGGCUCUGAAGAAACUUCAGAAUGAAAUUAUCAACAUAGAGUCUGAGUUUUACAAAGAAGUGAAUGCUCUGGAGCUGAAGUAUGCACCCAAGUACUCCAAGAUUUUUGAAAAGAGGAAAGAUAUUUUGAAUGCCAAAAGAGAGCCAACAGAUGAAGAAUGUGAUUGGCCCAGUGAUGAAGAGGAAGACGAGAAAGAUGAAGAGGCUAAGCUAGCUCCCGAAUCUCAACAGGGAGAGCUCAAGGACAAAGCAACUGUGGAAGGGACAAAAGAAGCUGGUGGGGAUGCUGAGAAGAAACAAGAGGAGGUAAAAGGUAUUCCAAGCUUUUGGCUGACAGUUUUCAAGAAUGUGGAUAUGCUGUCUGACAUGAUUCAGGACCACGAUGAGCCUAUUUUGACUCAUUUACAAGAUAUCCAAGUUAAGGUUCACGACAAAGCCCCAGUUGGCUUUUCAUUAGAGUUCCACUUUGAGCCAAAUGAGUACUUCACAGACACAGUACUUACCAAGCGCUAUGAGAUGCGCUAUGAGCCAGAUCCUGAUGACCCAUUAUCAUACGAAGGGCCAGAGAUUGUGAAAUGCGUUGGCUGCACUAUCAACUGGAACAAAGGAAAAAAUGUGACUGUGAAACAGAUUAAAAAGAAGCAGAAACAUAAAGGCCGUGGUUUGACUAGGACAGUGACUAAGCAAGUUCAGGCUGAUUCAUUCUUCAAUUUCUUCAACCCUCCUGCAGUGCCAGAAGAGUCUGAAUCUGAAGUAGAUGAGGAGAUCGAGGGUCUGCUGGGAGCUGAUUUUGAGAUUGGACAUUACAUCAGAGAGAGGAUAGUGCCCAGGGCUGUUCUGUAUUUCACCGGAGAGGCUCUUGAAAAUGAUGAUUAUGAUGACGAUGAAAAUGAGGAAAGCUCCAGCCCUGGUGAAGAUGAGGAGUAUGAUGAAGAGAAUGACCCUGAUUUCAGACCUGAGGGUCAAGACAAGCCUACUGAAUGCAAACAGCAAUAG